CACCGGGUAGCUAGCGGGUACCAAACCCGGCGGCGCUGGAAAGGAAAGCCUGCCGUCCAGUCCUCUCUCCCCCCUUUUGCUGCCGCCUGCCGGCCGGAAGGAAGGGAGGUGCGCUCAUCUGUGCAGCGGCGGCUUCGGAGUCCGGAGGGGCUCCGAGGGGAGGUCCGGCGGGGAGCCAUGGCGCGGAAGCACGGCUGGCAGCUCCCAGCCCACACCCUGCAGAUCGUUGCAAUUACGGUUUUCUUCCUUCUGGUGGUUGCGUUUUAUGCCUUCUUUGCGCCGUUUUUGGGAAAACAAGUUGUCGAGUAUAUUGCAAUUGGCGUUUAUACUCCUGUGGCACUUGCAGUUUUCAUCCUUUACAUUCGAUGCACAAGUAUAAACCCUGCGGAUCCUGGGAUCAUGUCAAAGUUUGAGGAUGGCCUUAUCAAUAUACCAACUAACGGCUCUGAGAUAGAAGGCAUGAAUUUGCCCCAGAAAGUAAACAAUGCUACAGGAACAAACUCCCCAACGUCUACUUGCAGAAGUUCUCUAGAUGGGCAUUCUAAUCAAAGAGGUUCAUCAAUAGGGGAGGCAAACAUGAAUCUAGGAUCACAACUGCCAAAGAAAAGAUCAAGCUGUUGGUUGCUAGGUGGGCUUCUGUGUGCUAUAUUUGUCAAGGAGGACUGCCGAAAAACUGAUGACUCAGAGCAACAAGCAAAUGGUGAGGAGGCUCUGUUUUGCACAUUAUGUAAUGCUGAGGUUCGCAAAUUCAGCAAACACUGCAGAAGUUGUGACAAGUGUGUGGAUGGAUUUGAUCAUCAUUGCCGGUGGCUAAAUAACUGUGUUGGACGGAAGAAUUAUUUCACAUUCCUUGCUCUGAUGGCAAUCAGUCUUAUCUGGCUUGCAAUUGAAUUUGGAGCGGGAAUUGCUGUUAUUGUACUCUGUUUUGUCGAUAAGAAUGCAUCAAGAAAUAUCCAAGACAAGUUGGGGAAUGGCUUGACUCGUGCUCCGUUUGCUGUUAUUGUGGGCAUAUUUACCUUACUUUCAUUGGUGGCAUGCAUACCUUUGGGCGAACUUUUCUUCUUUCACAUAAUAUUGAUAAGAAAGGGGAUUACAACUUAUGAUUAUGUCGUUGCAAUGAGAGCUAUGAGUGAGGCAGCUCCAGAGGAUGAGGAAGGAGCAAAUAUCAUUUACUCCCCAUCAAAUUCAGCAACAACUGGGUUCAGUGUAGGAAGUUCACUUGGUCUUCACCACAAAGGUGCUUGGUGUACACCUCCAAGGAUAUUUAUUGAUCAGGAUGAAGUAAUCCCACAUUUGGAGCCUGGAAUGGUGCCUUCAACCGUGGACCCUGAUGCUGCUGGAUAUGCUGAAAGAGCAAACAAAGCUAAGAAGGCAGUCAAAAUCAGUGCUCGCAGCCUCGCAAAGCUUGAUAAGAAUGAGGUCAUGAAAGCUGCUGCAAAAGCUCGGGCAUCAUCCUCGGUUCUGCGACCUAUAGAUGCCCGCCGUGGUCAUGAAGCUGAUGUCAUCUCCAGCGGCAAUGCCAGUGUCAGGAGUAGCAUGAGUGUUGACUACAGUGGCACAAAGGAAUCAAACAGCGAGAUGAAACUUUCUCCACUUCAGAACUCAUACCCGCAAAGCCUUGCAAGCCAGGAUGAUUAUGAUACCGGCACACCAACCGCAAGCAGUUUAAGCAGUCCAGUCCACAUCCACAAGCUUGCUUCUCACUCUCAGUUCAGUGUAGCACCUCGCCCUACACCUCCUGAAAGACCUGUGCCAGCGAUGCUGCGGCCACCUGUUCCCACCACACAAAUAACCAACACAGGGAUACCGCGGCCAGCUGUUCCCGCGACACAGAUAAGCAACCCAAUGUUCCAGUCAGCCACAUCUUAUGUUCGAGAGAACCGAAGGGCCUCUGUCGUCUGGGAUCAAGAGGCUGGUCGGUAUGUGUCAGUUCCUGCACAGACAAGAAUCGGAACUGGUGUCGAGGUGCCAACAAGAAACCCACGGUUCUUGGCGAACCCAAGUGGCGAGCAAAGCAGCCAUGCGAGGAGUGUUGCACCCGGCAAUGCCUCGUCCUCAGCAAUGGCAUCAGGGCAGCCUUCAGAGAGGCUGACAUAUUCUGGGCAGUCAAUAUUCUUUGGCGGUCCCAUGCUGAGUACCCCUGGCAUGAGCAGCCAGAGGAAUGAGGCAGGCACAAGGGUACGCCCCGAGGGAAGCAGAGAUCCUAAUGCCCAGCAGCGUGACAUCCGGGGCGAGAAAGCAAGGACAGGCUCCUUUCCAAUAUUUGCUCCUGGGACGUUCCAGAGGAACCCACCCUUUGACAAAUGACUUGCUCCUGCUCAUGAAGUUCAUCUGAAGUGCGAAGGAUGCCCCUGAAGAGUUGACAGAUAGUUGGAAGGCUGCUCUUCUGGGAUUGCCAGACGGACGGACAAGGCAGCUGUUGGAAUGAAUGGGGCUGCUGGCACUUGGCAGGCCAUAAUGAAAACCACAAGUAUCGCUCGGAGUCAGUGCUGACUUUUUUCAGUGCUGGGAGAGCGAUGGAGUGACUGAUGUAGUACAAUGUGUUCGUGUUAGGGAUUCAUCAGGUAUCUGAUGCGCGACAGAUAGGAAGAGCUAAUUUCUGGUGAUGUCAAACGAACGCCGAUUUGCAGCUGACUUUGUAGUGUCGUUUGCCAUCACUGUGUGUGUGUGCCAUGGGAUACUAUUCGACAUGUAAAAUGUUAGUUCAGGUGCACUUUCGGACAGUGCUCGGGCGUAUUUGCUUGCUUGUACCAGGUCUUGAGUUUUGAUGCUUGUAGCAGCAUCUUUCUAGGCAUGCCAUCUUUCUAUGGUGUGAACCA